GGCUGUGUUGUUUGUUUUGGGAAUGCUUGUGAAAUGUUUGAGAAAUGAGAAAGUAUGACAUUGUAAAUUCAAAAAGCUUAAAAAAAAAAAUAAACAAAUUUUUACUCUUGGUUCAAACAUGCACUUAGACUGUGCUAUCAAAAAAUUGGAAAGAUAAAAAUUUGUUUCUCUUUCACAAAGCAAGAACAAUUAGCAGCUCUCUUCGUGAAAUAUAUACUUCAAGUUCACACUUAACUCGCAAUGCAAUUUGUGUCAACAACACAGGAAGUUGAGGGUAGCAGCGAAAAGGAAGCUACAUGAGCUCAGCCUCCUUCAAAAGAGAAACACAGGCAUCUAAAACUGUUCAGCUUUGUGCUCUACUAAAACACCCAAGACUGCGAAGUGGAACGAUCCCUGAAAGGGGCACCGGAAGCCAUGUCAGGCAGAAAAUCCAAGAAGAACCAGAGGCUUGGUUCAUCACGACGAGGUCCUAAAGGUCUUAACAGAAAUAUCGAGAAAGAUGAUGAUGAUGAUGGGUCUCAGCAGUCUGAGGAUGGGCGAGAUGAAUUUCACACCACCAGUUAUUACCAUGCAACCCAGUUUGAUCAUCCACCAAGUUCAAGUAUUGAACAACAAACAUCUGCCUUAGAAUGUCCUCCACAUGCAAGGGGUCACAAGGAUUCACUCAUGGAGACUGAAAUGCCAGAAAUGAAAAGAAAAAUGGGUUCAACUCGCAAGAGUACUGGUAGGUUUAAAGGUGAGAGAAACCUUGAUGACGUGAGGACCACUGAAGAGUUAGAUGAAGAAUAUGUAACUCAACCAAGCACAUCAACCACUGAGGAACAUCAUGCUUCUCUAACAGAAGAAGAACAAUCAAGUUUUCCUUCUGAUUUAUCCCUUCAGACCAAAAGUUAUGGUUUUGGAAAGGAGUCUGGAACAACUCUUGUGUUUGCAGUUUCAGAAAAUAAAGAAAAAGAUAGAAUCCACCAUCAGGAAAUAACCCCUCAUUCACAUGAGGUAGUAAGUGAUGUGCCUAUAGACGAGGCAAUGGGGCCAUCUGUCAAUUCUAUUGCUGUCAAAGUAGCUGAACGUGAGGAUUCAGUCAUGCUUAAUGAACCAAAAACACUCAGUCACCAAGAAACCCAAAUAGCCAGUACCUCUGGACAAAAAAGACGGAUGGGCUCAACCCGCAGACCUCUUGGGGGGAAAAACGGUGAAAAUGUAGGCGUGCAAGAACAUUCACGAAACAUGACAGAGAAUGAAAGUAAAGCAGAAGUCAUGGGCGAAGCAAAGUUGAAAAUGUCAGAAGAGAUGGCGCAAACGUGGGAUGAUGUGGCAAGAGAUGAUCCAUUGUCCCACACAGAAUCAGCUUUGCUUUUAAGUCAGUCUCUGUUGGCUGAUAGAGCUGAGCUGAAAGAGCCUGAUGUUUCAGCUGGAACUGAAACUAUGAACCAAUCAGUUGGUUUUCCCCUGGUUGAUUCAGAAAAGCCCCUACCUGAAACGUUUAGCCACCAUGGGACUCCAUUACUGAACGAGGCAUUGGAUUUUGAGUUUGGUUCACACACUGAAGAUUUAGAUGUUCUAAACAAAGUUUUGAAAGAAGCAGGAAGCCAUUUAAGUGAUAACAGCCAACAUGUGUCUGAUACAAGAAAAGAUACAAACCCAUCUUACGACUUUAGAGAUAUAAACACAGAAGCCAAGAAGGUGGUUCUAAAACAGAAAGAGGAACCACAAUUAGAGGAACUUGCACUGCAUGAUCAAGAAUCUUUAUUAAGCCAACAUGACAUAGCUACUCUAGAUAAUAACUAUGAUUGUUCUAUGGUUCAACAUAUAGUGGUAGGAUGUACAAGUUUUGGUAUGCCUGUGUCUAAUAUUAGCCAUGCUGAGCCCACAACAACCAAUUUACCACAUGAGAUGAGGGAUGCUGUUGAAGAAAGGCAAGAGAUUCAUAUAGAAAUGAAACAAGAAAAUAACUUUUGUAAUGUUGCUUCAGUAACAUGUGAUACUCCGACUGAUUUAGUGUCUAUUAUGGAAGAAGAUGAAGAUCCCCACAUUUUAGCAACGAGAGAAAAUGAGAAUAUGAGUAAUGAAAGAGGAUCUGAAACAGAAUAUGCAUUUGAAAUGACAGACCAGAGUGAUGUAAGUGAUCACAAUGUAACACAAAUAAUAAUGGAUGUAAGAGAUAAUGAAAAAGAUGGAGAAACAAGCACAGAAACCAUUUGUAUUUCACACCAGAAACCAUGUGAUGUUUCAACUGAAAAUAAGGAGCUAUAUAAAGGACAAGAGCAUUAUUCAUCCAAUAUAUCUCUAACACACAGUCCAACACAAGAUGAUGCUGGGAAGAUGCUAGAAAAUGAGGAGGUUAGAAAAGACAAAAAAGAGACCGAGAAUACUGCAGUUAAUGAUGUGACCUCAAAGUCAGAGGAAAUGUUUAGUUCUGAAGACUCAGCAACAGAUAGAGGAUCUCACGCACACCAACAACUGUUUAUGCAAUCUCCUGAUAAAGAAGGCUAUGACUUGCAUGAAAAUGUGACUGAGAAAAGUGAAAAGGAAGAACUACUUUUCAGUGUAGAAUCAGAGAAUGCAGCUUUUGAUAGAGGCAAUGAGAGAAGUGAAGGAACAGACGGAGUUAAGGAGAUGGAUGCAGCACCAGUCCUGACAUUAGACCUGCAUUUAGAAAUUGAAGCACGGAACAAAACAUUUGACUCCACAAACAGUGAAGCAGAUGGAACAGAAGAGAAUAUCAAUGGUGCUAGUGUUUUAGUCAGAGAAAAUAAAGUUAUUGGAAAUACAGUAGAGCAUAAUAUGACUACUGAGUCUGAUUUUCUUCAGAGUUCUCCUGGUGCACACAUGGAAGCAUUGAAAAUAUCUAAAAAUGCUGAGAAAGAAGUUUCAGGAGAAACAAACACAAUUCCUGAACAAAGUGACAUCAGCAUCAUUCCUGCAGAUUCUCACAGUGAAGAGACACACUCAAAAUCAAGUCCAGUUAUUCACAAGAGAAAAAUGGGUUCAACUCGCAGACCUCUCAAAGGCAAUACAGGACGAAGAAAAGAUCAUAAUGAAAAAGAAAUCUUCAAUUUGGAGGAUGAACCCAGUCCAGAUGAAUCCAGAUAUACUGCAGUGAGUAUCUGUGACAUUUCAGAAUCACAAACCAUCACAAAAAUGUAUGCAGAGUCCCAGGAAAAUGCUGGAGAUGUUAAAAUAGUGCCAGCAGAGGGAGACACAGAAUCACACUCAGAAAACAAAACAAUUUACUCGCCAGCAUUUGAAGGAGAAGUUGAAUUUAUUGGAGAUACCUUGGGCAGUAAUAUGACUACUGAAUCAGAUUUUCAUCAAACUUCUGAUGCAAACAUGGAAACGUUGAAAGUAUCUGAAAAUUCUGAUAGUGACGUUUCAAGUGACCCAAUCAGAAAUUCACAAUCAGAAAUUCAACCAGAAAACAAAAUGAUUGAGUUAACAUCUGAAGCAGAAAGAACAGAAGAUACCAUCUGUGAAGCUAGUGUUUCAGUCAGACAAGAUGAGUUUACUGUAGAUACAGUUACAGUGGACAGUAAUAUGACUAUAGAGUCAGAUUUACUUCAAAGUGACACUUUAAAUGAGGCAAACCUGGAAGCACUGAAAGUAUCUAAAAACACUGAGAGUGUUUCUGCUGUGACGGAUUCUGACCUUCUUGUGCAAGAUGAUGUCACUGAAGGAUCAAGACAGACAGACACGUUUCCUGAGCAAAGUGACAUCGACGUCAUUCCUGAAUAUUCUCGUGGAGAGGAGGCGCGCUCAAAAUCAAGUCCAAUUGUUCACAAGCGAAAAAUGGGCUCAACACGAAGACCUCUCAAAGGGAAAAAUGGACAAAGAAAAGAAAUAGAACAUCAUGAUGAAAAUGAGACACUUGACAGUGACAGUGUGAUCAAUGCUGAGAAACAAACCUUUAGUUUAGAGAAUGAACCCAGUCCAGAUGAAUCUACAUUACAACGUUUAAAAGAUGGAGCUAAAGAACAGGAGAUGGAAAUAUGUGAAAAGAAUGAUGUUGGUCCUGUUGAAGGGUCUGAAUCUGCUCUCCUGCAGUCAUCAUGUAGUUCAGAUUUAGUGUCUGAGGAAUCCACUGCAAUAAGUAUCUGUCACAUCACAGAAUCACAAACCCUCACGAAUAGUAAUGUAGAGUCCCAGGAAAAUACUGGAGAUGUUGAAAGAGUGGCAGCAGAGGAAGACAAAGACUUACAAUUAGAAAUUGACUCACAGAACAAAACAUUUGACUCAACAACCAGAGAAGCAGAAGAAACAGAAAAGAACAUCCAAGAUGUUAGUGUGACGUUAAUUAGAGAAGUAGACGUUACUGGAGAUACAGUUACAGUGGAGAGUAUUAUGACUACUGAGUCUGAUUUUCUUCAAACCUCUCCUGAUGCACACAUGGAAGCAUUGAAAAUAUCUAAAAAUGCUGAGAAAGAAGUUUCAGGAGAAACAAACACAAUUCCUGAACAAAGUAAUAUCAGCAUCAUUCCUGCAGAUUCUCACAGUGAAGAGACACACUCAAAAUCAAGUCCAGUUAUUCACAAGAGAAAAAUGGGUUCAACUCGCAGACCUCUCAAAGGGAAUACAGGACGAAGAAAAGAUCAUAAUGAAAAAGAAAUCUUCAAUUUGGAGGAUGAACCCAGUCCAGAUGAAUCCAGAUAUACUGCAGUGAGUAUCUGUGACAUUUCAGAAUCACAAACCAUCACAAAAAUGUAUGCAGGGUCCCAGGAAAAUGCUGGAGAUGUUAAAAUAGUGCCAGCAGAGGGAGACACAGAAUCACACUCAGAAAACAAAACAAUUUACUUGCCAGCAUUUGAAGGAGAAGUUGAAGUUAUUGGAGAUACCGUGGGCAGUAAUAUGACUACUGAAUCAGAUUUUCAUCAAACUUCUGAUGCAAACAUGGAAACGUUGAAAGUAUCUGAAAAUUCUGAUAGUGACGUUUCAAGUGACCCAAUCAGAAAUUCACAAUCAGAAAUUCAACCAGAAAACAAAAUGAUUGAGUUAACAUCUGAAGCAGAAAGAACAGAAGAUACCAUCUGUGAAGCUAGUGUUUCAGUCAGACAAGAUGAGUUUACUGUAGAUACAGUUACAGUGGACAGUAAUAUGACUAUAGAGUCAGAUUUACUUCAAAGUGACACUUUAAAUGAGGCAAACCUGGAAGCACUGAAAGUAUCUAAAAACACUGAGAGUGUUUCUGCUGUGACGGAUUCUGACCUUCUUGUGCAAGAUGAUGUCACUGAAGGAUCAAGACAGACAGACACGUUUCCUGAGCAAAGUGACAUCGACGUCAUUCCUGAAUAUUCUCGUGGAGAGGAGGCGCGCUCAAAAUCAAGUCCAAUUGUUCACAAGCGAAAAAUGGGCUCAACACGAAGACCUCUCAAAGGGAAAAAUGGACAAAGAAAAGAAAUAGAACAUCAUGAUGAAAAUGAGACACUUGACAGUGACAGUGUGAUCAAUGCUGAGAAACAAACCUUUAGUUUAGAGAAUGAACCCAGUCCAGAUGAAUCUACAUUACAACGUUUAAAAGAUGGAGCUAAAGAACAGGAGAUGGAAAUAUGUGAAAAGAAUGAUGUUGGUCCCGUUGAAGGGUCUGAAUCUGCUCUCCUGCAGUCAUCAUGUAGUUCAGAUUUAGUGUCUGAGGAAUCCACUGCAAUAAGUAUCUGUCACAUCACAGAAUCACAAACCCUCACGAAUAGUAAUGUAGAGUCCCAGGAAAAUACUGGAGAUGCUGAAAGAGUGGCAGCAGAGGAAGACAAAGACUUACAAUUAGAAAUUGACUCACAGAACAAAACAUUUGACUCAACAACCAGAGAAGCAGAAGAAACAGAAAAGAACAUCCAAGAUGUUAGUGUGACGUUAAUUAGAGAAGUAGACGUUACUGGAGAUACAGUUACAGUGGAGAGUAUUAUGACUACUGAGUCUGAUUUUCUUCAAACCUCUCCUGAUGCACACAUGGAAGCAUUGAAAAUAUCUAAAAACACUGAGAGUGUUUCUGCUGUGACGGAUUCUGACCUUCUUGUGCAAGAUGAUGUCACUGAAGGAUCAAGACAGACAGACACGUUUCCUGAGCAAAGUGACAUCGACGUCAUUCCUGAAUAUUCUCGUGGAGAGGAGGUGCGCUCAAAAUCAAGUCCAAUUGUUCACAAGCGAAAAAUGGGCUCAACGCGUAGACCUCUGAGAGGGAAAAAUGGACAAAGAAAAGAAAUAGAACAUCAUGAUGAAAAUGAGACACUUGCCAGUGACAGUGUGAUCAAUGCCGAGAAACAAACCUUUAGUUUAGAGAAUGAACCCAGUCCAGAUGAAUCUACAUUACAACGUUUAAAAGAUGGAGCUAAAGAACAGGAGAAGGAAAUACAUGAGAAGAAUGAUGCUGAUCCUGUUGAAGGGUCUGAAUCUGCUCUCCUGCAGUCAUCAUGUAGUUCAGAUUUAGUGUCUGAGGAAUCCACUGCAAUAAGUAUCUGUCACAUCACAGAAUCACAAACCCUCACGAAUAGUAAUGUAGAGUCCCAGGAAAAUACUGGAGAUGCUGAAAGAGUGGCAGCAGAGGAAGACAAAGACUUACAAUUAGAAAUUGACUCACAGAACAAAACAUUUGACUCAACAACCAGAGAAGCAGAAGAAACAGAAAAGAACAUCCAAGAUGUUAGUGUGACGUUAAUUACAGAAGUAGACGUUACUGGAGAUACAGUUACAGUGGAGAGUAUUAUGACUACUGAGUCUGAUUUUCUUCAAACCUCUCCUGAUGCACACAUGGAAGCAUUGAAAAUAUCUAAAAAUGCUGAGAAAGAAGUUUCAGGAGAAACAAACACAAUUCCUGAACAAAGUGAUAUCAGCAUCAUUCCUGCAGAUUCUCACAGUGAAGAGACACACUCAAAAUCAAGUCCAGUUAUUCACAAGAGAAAAAUGGGUUCAACUCGCAGACCUCUCAAAGGAAUACAGGACGAAGAAAAGAUCAUAAUGAAAAGAAAUCUUCAAUUUGGAGGAUGA